AUGGAGAAGCCAGCUCCGGUGGUUCUUCCCAUUAUCCAUCGCGUACCCCUCCUACUGACCAUGGUCACCUGCGAUUCAACCACCUGUUCGACAUACACCUUCGACGUCAAUCCUGCCAUGGCGUCAUUCAGCAAAGUCAAACGCGCAAUUGAAGAACAUGAUUACAAUCUCGCCAUUGACUUUGCCUCUACUACGAUUGACCAGAUUCAAACACUUCAGUUGAUCACUGCACUCGAUCAUCGCGCCUAUCCCCUGGCCAAGAAGGGACGAUUUGACGAGGCAAUUCAAGACUCUCAAAAAAUUGAUCACUGGCCCCUACCUUUGCAACAGGAUAUAAUCGAUUGA